UUUUACCGGAAAUGUACUAGUGUUUUGAGUUCUAGAAGAAAGCAAAUGAAGGUUCCGGCAAUGUUUCGGUUAUCGCGGGCUACAUUUGCGUAGUGGUUCUGUAGUUAGGACUGUGGAUAAUAAUGAUUAUUAGCUGUAAUUAUAAUUAACAAGUCAAAAGCGUGGUAAUUUACAAGUCCAGCCUUCAAAAUUCCGCUUAUUACUUCAUUUCCAUUGGCCGUUGGCGGCAGUCUUCUUCUUUCGCUCCCAAAUCUAUUCAACUUGCCCUUCUCUCCCUUCAAACAUUGUUCUUGAUUGUUGUUGUUCUGUUGUCCUGGUUAUGUUCUCUAACUUCGCUUCCACAGAUGAAGCCCCACUCCAAGAACCCGCAACAGACGAAAUGGGCUGAACUGUGUUGUUUGGAUUGGUCGUGCAUACAGCUGUUCUGGCCCAGAGUUGUGAUGCGCAAAUGGCUCAACAUCUCCGCCCAAGACUCCGAUUACAGCGCCGACACUGAGGAUGACGACGACUGGGGUCCUGACUCCCCAACCCAGCAGCAAGAUUUUGGUCAACGGGUCAGAGGAUCAAGGUUUAGUGAUAUCAAAGAAGAUGAGUCUGAGGAUGAUGACCCUGAUGAAUCUCUUCCUAGAAUACGAAGACGAAAAUCAGAGACCUUUAGAGCACAAUAUAUAAAUACAAAGGAACUCAGAAUAUGUGUUGGUACAUGGAAUGUUGGAGGACAGACUCCACCUGAAGACCUGGAUAUUGAUGGCUGGCUAGAUAUCAAUGACCCAGCGGACAUCUAUGUACUUGGUCUUCAGGAGAUGGUGCCACUAAAUGCUGGAAAUAUAUUUGGUGCUGAAGACAGCCGUCCAGUUAGUAUGUGGGAAAACGUGAUUCGUGAAACGCUGGAUAGAUUUCGACCUGCGACCAACAAAGUUAAAUCCUUUAGUGAUCCCCCAUCACCCUCAAAAUUUAGGCCUUCUGAUGAUGUCCCUUAUAUAGAUGAGGAGAUAUUAGAUGAAAGUGAUUGUGAUAUUGGUAAUGAAGUCCAUCCAUUGGAUGACGAACCCAAAGAUUUUGGUGCCAGUAAUGCUACAUCAGUCACAAGUGAAACAGAGAAUGUUGAUGGUUCAGUUUCAAACUUUACUGAUAGUAGUAAUCCGGGGAUGCCAAUUGGAGAGGAUUUACAGAGGCAACAUUCUUCUCCAAAGAGAUUAGAUCGGUUAUAUUGCCUUCGGCCAGAUGAUUGUUCAUUAGAUGAAGAUGCUUCUGAUGUCCAACAUAAUGGAAAGUUAACCAAAAUGCUUAGUGGGUCUGAUAGAAUUGGUAUGAACUGGCCAGAGCGUCCAUUGAACUUGCUAUCACAGCACUUAUUAGAGCGGCGAAAUUCCUUUAGACCAACAAAGUCUUUCAAGUCCUCUAAAUCUUUCAGGACAUACAAUUCUUUCAAGUCAACUGCCAAUGGCAGGACACCAGAAUUAGAUUUGCUUGGAGAGAUUGAUCUUGAAUCUCUCAUGAAACGAGAAAGAAGAUCAUCAUAUGUAAGGAUAGUAAGUAAGCAGAUGGUUGGGAUCUUCCUAACUGUAUGGGUUCGUAGGAGCUUGCGUAAACACAUUCAGAACCUAAAGGUGUCGACUGUUGGUGUUGGUGUUAUGGGUUACAUUGGUAACAAGGGAGCUGUAUCUGUGAGUAUGUCCAUAUAUCAGACACUGUUUUGUUUUGUGUGCACUCACCUGACAGCAGGUGAAAGGGAGGUAGAUGAACAAAAAAGAAAUGCUGAUGUGCAUGAAAUUCAUCGGAGAACUCACUUUCAUUCUUUUUCUGGUAUUGGACUUCCUAAAAGUAUCCAUGACCAUGAAAAAAUAAUUUGGUUGGGUGAUCUAAAUUAUCGUAUCAACUUGUCAUAUGAGAAAACCCGAGAACUCAUUUCCAAAAAGGACUGGUCCCGGUUGGCUGAGAAGGACCAGCUUGCACGACAAUUCAAAAAAGGUUGUGCAUUUGAUGGAUGGUCUGAAGGUGUUCUAAAUUUCCCGCCAACUUAUAAGUAUGAGAUGAACUCAGACAAGUAUUAUGGAGAGGAUCCAAAAGGUGGGAGGCGGACUCCAGCAUGGUGUGACCGCAUUCUUUCAUUUGGCCGAGGAAUGAGGUUACUGCAUUAUAGAAGGACUGAACAUAAAUUUUCUGAUCAUCGACCGGUGACUGCAUAUUAUAUGGCAGAGGUUGAGGUUUUCUCCCCUAGGAAGCUUCAACGUGCACUCACAUUCACUGAUGCAGAGAUUGAAAAUGAGGAAAUCGCAACGGAUAUGGGUAUUGAUGUUGGAAUGAACUGCUUAAAAUUCGAACAGGUGCGUAUUUUACUAGGCAUGUUGCACAUCUGUAGGGUAUAUGUGAUUGGGAUCGUUGACUGGUUAAUUGAGGCUACUAUAUCGUGGAAGUUCCAGCAAGACAGGAUUUUUUUUUUCAUUACAUAUACAGCUUGUAUCAUUCUUUGCUGUGAUCACUUAGUCCACAACAUAGCAAUGAUGUACGUUGUCUGGCCAAAGAAAUCAAGAGAAACACUGGCGUACUCUUCUAAUAGAUUGUAAAUCGUAUAAGGUUGUUUUCCGACCAGUCGCGGAGCAUAUAUACAAGUUGAGUUGAGCUAUACAUCAUACAGUAAUGAAGAGUAAAAGUUGCUUUACAUAUUUGUAUCAUCAAACCUUAUCGAGGAAGCUUUCUGGUAUUGUAAAUUUACAAGUGAAUACAAAAUUUUACUGGAUGUUUUUAGAUGA